UUUGCAAGUGGCCUGUCGCAGUUGAGCAUGUGUCCUCGGCUACAGGCUAACAAAUCUCAAUGCUUGCUUAACUUGCUUAAUAUGUUUGUUGUAACUGAAAAUUGUAACUUAGGUGUUUGAUUGGUAAAACCCGAGUGCCUGAUUAACACUAUUUACUGUUUUCUUACUACUUACUGCCUACUCCUGUCUUAUGUCUCUGAAUGUGUGCAUUUUUGCCUCUCAGUAUAUUUGCUUGUCUUUGUUUGUACACACUGUUGAGUGUCUUUCUCCGUUUGUCAGAGUGUAUGACUGAGGACCUGUCCUCUGUGUCCGUGCAGCAUAAGCUGAAGUCUUCACAGAAGGACAAAGUUCGCCAGUUCAUGUCCUUCACACAAGCAGGGGAGAAGACAGCUGUCUACUGCCUUACUCAGAAUGACUGGAAACUAGAAGUGGCCACUGACAACUACUUCCAGAACCCAGAUCUAUACUUUAAGGAAUCCAUGAAAACCUCAGUAGAUAGAAAGAAGCUGGAGCAGCUGUACAACAGAUACAAAGAUCCUCAGGAUGAGAAUAAGAUUGGGAUUGAUGGAAUACAACAGUUUUGUGAUGAUCUCAAUCUGGACCCAGCCAGCAUAAGUGUUUUGGUAGUCGCCUGGAAGUUCCAUGCAGCAACACAGUGCGAGUUCAGCAGGAAAGAGUUCCUUGAUGGCAUGAUGGAACUAGGGUGUGACAGUUCAGAGAAACUCCGGAUUGCGCUGCCUCGACUUGAACAGGAACUGAAGGAUAGUGGAAAGUUUAAGGACUUCUACCAGUUUACAUUCAAUUUUGCAAAGAAUCCUGGACAAAAAGGUUUAGAUUUAGAGAUGGCAGUUGCUUACUGGAAUCUAGUUCUGACGGGCCGCUUCAAGUUUCUUGACCUCUGGAAUACAUUUUUGUUGGAGCACCAUAAACGAUCAAUUCCCAGAGAUACAUGGAACUUACUUUUGGAUUUUGGCAACAUGAUUGCAGAUGACAUGUCAAACUAUGAUGAGGAAGGAGCAUGGCCGGUCCUCAUAGAUGACUUUGUGGAGUUUGCCCGGCCAAUCGUGACUGGAUCAAAGCACAGAACUCUAUAGACCUGACUCUGCUGUAUGACAGUGAUUUAACAGGGUGAAUAGAUCGGAUGCACUUUCAAAGCCAGAGACCCUCGGACAGAGCAGCAUGCAGCUCACACCACCAGCACAAAGCUUGUUGCCAUUGUAAAAUAGUGUAUCUACUGUAGUGGUAUGUACAGAGAUAAAUAUUAUAAAUAAACAAUAUUUUAUAAAAUAUGAAAAAAUGCAUUUAUAUAAAUAUGUGUGGAAGGUGAUUUUGUGUAAAGAAUAACUUCUUCAAUGCCUUGGUAUCACGUAUAGUUUCAUUUUAUGUAUUACACUAUCUGUUCUCUUGCAGACUCUGGUGUGACUGCAAUGCCAUUCAGUGUUUCUCAUAUUUGUUUACCAAUUGCCAGAAUUAUGUUAAACAAAUAAAUUAUUUACCUCUAGGUAAAA